AUGGACGACAUCGAUAUUGAUGACUUCACGGUGGACAAUAUCCUGGACCCACUCAUGUCAUUUCUCUCCUCCGUCCUCCCACCAGCGGCGAUGUACUUCAUCCGCCCCCUCAUCACCUACUCCCUCGCCCUUCUGUCCGCGCUCGUCCGAUUUGGCCUCACUGCCGCGCACUCGGAGAACUGGGACACUCAGAAGAUACUUCCCCCGCUCAUCACGGUCCUCAUGGCCUACCUCGCGCUCGUCAGCUUCUACCGGACGACCGGCUGGAUGCUCCGCACCGUCUUCUGGUGCUUCAAGUGGGGCGGCAUCAUUGCGUCUCUCGCCGGCCUCGCCGGAUACCUCCUCGCCACGCAGGGCAACGCAGACGCCGUCGGGGGCAUCGGGGGAGGCGGCGCGAUCCCGAUGAUCAUGAGCGCGCUGCUCGGGAUGUUCAGCGAGGACGCACAACGCGGGCGCGCGGGCGGCGGCAAGAGCAAGAGCAACCCGGGCUUAGCUGCGAAGCCGCGGCGGCGCAGAGACAAGGCGCAGGAACGGGAGCAACCGAAGGCCUGGGAGAGCUGGGACAAGCAUCGCGAACACAAAGACUGGCAGCACGGGGCCGAGGCGGAGUACCGGGAUGAGGCGGCGAGGAUGAACGAGGGCGUGCAGGAGGCGGUCAUGAAGGUCGCGGAGGUCGUCCAGGGUGCGUUGAAGGAAAGCUGGUGGGGGACGAUCAAGAAUGCGGUCGAAGGCAGCGGCCUGGUCGGCUCGGCAGGAAUGCGGGACGAGGAGGCGGGCUCGGACCAGCGGGCCAAACGGAAGAAGGAGGGACGAGCGGGGUCGCGAUGA